AUGGCGCUCCGUCAAGCGCUUGCUAAGCGCGCAUUUGGCGCCACCAGAGUGGCCCUAGCGCCACCGUCGUCGGUUAUGGCAGUUCACCAAAACAUCGUGCCUCCGAAUGCCGCCCAGGUGAAUUUCCACAGGGAGUAUCUGACCUCGAUGGACACCCCCCGGAAAGGAUUUUUCCGCCGAUUCCUCCACCGCCAGUCGGCAUCGAAGCUCCCGGAAUUCCUGACCGUUCCGGUUGGGGAGAAGCUCCGGGAAAAGCUGAGAGGCAUCAACAUUAGCGGUGAUCAGCUCCGUCUCGGUGGUCUCAGCCCUCCGCCUCCAGAUCGGGACCCCACCGCCAAGCUUCCGUUAGGAAUCUCGGUCCCCAACGCGAAGAAGAUUCUGAGGCUUUCUCAGGUGGAGAAGCUGAAGGCGAAGCUGAGGGAGAUUCCGGAAACUUCCAUUUCGCGAUCGGAGUUCGUUCGGAUCUGCAGCGAAGGAUGCGAGAGCGAAGAGCAAGGUGCUGAGUUCGCGAAGAUGAUGGACGAGUCCGUAAACGUUAUCGUUUUGGGAAACGUAGUGUUUCUCCGGCCGGAGCAGGUAACUUCUUCUUCUUUCCCGCUUUUUAUGUAG